CCCGUAUGUAGACGCUCCUCCCGCGUGGUCACAGGAACAUGGCGGCCUCCAGUGUCAACGCGGUUCGAGUUCGGCUACACUUUGAUUACCCUCCUCCUUUCAUGCCCGACUGCCGCAUGAGCUGGGUGCUGGUGGAUUUGAAUAAAUGUCGUGUUGUUGCAGAUUUGUGCUGCGUUAUUAGAGAAAAGUUCGACUACAGCCGAAAAACAUGUUUGGACCUUUUCAUUGAGGAUUGUUUUCUUCCUCCUGCAGAAAGCAUCUAUGUGGUUCGUGAUAAUGACAGUAUAAGGGUGAAGGUGUCCAGUGUUUCUUGUGAGCAUGCUGGGAAAAAACGGGUUAGAGACGAAGAAGGCUCGUUUCAAACAGCAGCCAAGAAGAACAGAUCUGAAGCGAGUGAGGCGGACGGUUUCCCGCAACCGGUGGGUGCAAAGAAGAAAAAGAGAAAACACAAAGCAAAGAAAAAGAAGACGGAAGAGCAACAGGUGGAGUGUGGAGACGUAUUUAAAGCAGCCGUCCCUGCUAAAGAGAAUUCAUCCACAAAGUCCCAGACAGACAAGAGCAGCAAGAAAGCUGCUUCUAGCCUUACUAAUGGAAAGGCUAGUUUAUCAGGUGUGUGUGAUAAAAGCUCGGAGUCUUCAGACAGCAGCGAGGAGGUUUCUCAAAAUCCUCCUCCAUCCAAGUCCAAACGUACACAGGUUGCGGAAUCCAACCAUCCUGUCACGAGAAAAUCUUCUUCGGAAAAAGUCCCAGUGAAGAAAUCUUCAAAACUUAACACGAGCUUCAAAGCACACACCAAUACCAAGACACCCAAAGAGCAAAAGUCUUCUGUUCCAGCGAAAUCUGCUACAAACUCGGCAGCAGCAAAGAAAGCACAAACCGAGACUUCUUCAGAAUCUUCCUCAUCAGAAGAUGAAGCUUCAGCAGCAAACGGGAAAGUAAACAUCCUUGCAAAAUCCACUCCUGUUCAACAGAAAUCUGUUAACACUGCGUCAUCCUCCUCGUCAGAAGAAGAUGAUUCCAGAAAAGGGAAAAAAUCUUCAGUUCAGCAAAAACUUUUGAACAGCUCUAAAUCUGUGUCCUUACUGCAAACACAGCCACCUCCUUCUGAUCGCAAAGGUGAAGCCAGCAAAACCUUCAGCUCCAAAAAACCUUCCGGAAAUCCUAAAAAGUCUAAAAUGCAAACUUCUUCAGAUGAUUCGUCGUCUUCUGAAGAUGAGGCGGCCAAAGCAAAUGUCCCUGCGACACCCAAACUCAUAAAACCUGCACCCGACUCGUGUGCUGUGGUAGAAAACGGUGCGUCUCGGACUCCGUCCACUCCGGUAAGGACGAUGCUCCAGGACAACAAGGACAAAGAGGCGAGCUCGGACUCAUCCAGCAGCAGUGACAUAGAGCUUGUGAUAAAGAAGCCAAACCCUCAGCUCAUGAUCGGAUUGACCCCUCGCGGAAGGGGGAGGGGCUUCACGGACAGGGUGAAAGGUCGAGGUGGGGUCAGGGGCGGCUUUGGUAGGGCCAGAGGCACGCCUUGGAAGCAGAAUUUUCAUCAUAAUUAUGACGAUGAAGAGCAGAGAAAGGAGAAAGUGAUCCAAACAAAUAAAAGCGUUCUGCUGCAGAAUCCCCCAGAGCCGAGUCCCAGGCUGGAUUACGGCACUCUACCUCUCCUUGCUGCUCCUCCUGCAGUGGGACAGAAAAUAGUUUUUAAGCUUUUGGAGCUCACAGAGAACUACACACCAGAAGUGUCGGAGUAUAAAGAAGGAAAGAUCAUUGGUUUCAAUCACAGCACUAACAUGAUUGAACUGGAGCUUUUGACUCAGAAUCAAGCUCGAACUGAACCUGGGAAGUUUGAUCUGGUGUACAUGAACCCAGACGGCUCUGAGACAGUGGAGUACGCGGUCACUCUCGGUUCUCAGAUGACUGAGCGUUGGGAGUCGCUCAUCGAACCCAGACUUAUUCUGCCGAACACAAACUGAGAACAUUUUGAAUUUAGUAGCACUUUUGUAUUACAAUUGCCUUUUUAAGUGAAUGUGAAUAUUAACUAAAUAAAUGUUUUUUAUUUAUACAAA